AUCAUAUUCAAGCCAACCAAUAAUAAUACCAGCCAAACCAAGCAGCAGCAGCUCCGGCGGCUGCUGGUCCGUCCUCGCAAGCGCCGCUCGACCGGCGAAGAGAUGGGCAGCUGCUUCUCGUCGUCGUCGAGCGGGUGGGCCGCGGGCGACGACGCGGCCGGCGGCGACGAGAGGAGGAGGGUGUGGCCCAGCGACGACGACGGCGGCGAGUGGGACGUCGACAACAAGGCCGCCAUCUACAUCGCCAAGUUCCACCGCCACCAGUCCGGCGUCGUCUGCGCCGACUGCGCCGACCAGCAGCAGCAGCACGCGCCGGCGGCCGCCACUGCUGCCGCCCAGUGACUUGGCUUGGCUAGCUCGCUGAUCGAUGCAUGGAAUCCGAGAUGGUGACGAGAGUUCAGUUCAGUAGCAGUAAUCAUGUCUUGUUCUUUUUGGGCGUGGAUGAUCCAAAUCCAAUCAAUCGGUCAUGCCCCCGCCAUCCCUCCUCCUCCUCCUCCUCUGCCUAAGGUUUUUUCUCUCUAGCUAGGACUAUCCAUCGAGCUGGUUAGCUGCUAAUGAAUAAUCAUAUCGACGGAUAUUACCUAGGCCUAGAUUGUGUAGUACAUACGUAUGUAUGUAAAUUUGUUCCAUAUAUAUACACACAUAUGUGAAGAGACUAUAUAUAUAUGCGCUUGCUUUUCGAA